GGGAAACUUAGCGAUACAACACCAAUGAGCCCAAAAAGCCAAUGUGGUGGGACUUGACGGGUUGGACUCUGUUGGUUCUGUCGUACCCACUUGAGACAGUUGAUUGCUGCUGAUAUUGCCACACGGGGGGCGUACGGUCUCUGAACGCACGGAACGGCCUAGGGUAUACGCCUCUUUAUUUGGCAGUAACUUUGCUGCGCAUGGUACGUAGUCAGAAACGUCUAGCCUGUCCUAUCCCGAAACUUUAUUAAGCGCCGCUCGCUGGAAAUCUCUGUUGGGGUCGCCAUAUCUACUGCCCGUUGGUCGCUCUCCCUCGCCGUUUUGGUGGAUGCUGUUUGCGGUUUCAACCUCACUUUCCAUACGCUACCAUCUCCAUAGCCAUUGCUCAUCCAAAAGCAGAAUACCUUGCUGGUUUUUCAGAUACAUCCCUGGCAACCGCAAAUAUCACGCCCAAACACGCUCUAUUUUGGCUUUCCCUGGUCUGCUGAGUACCAAUAUUGGCGAAGAUCUGUAACACAACUCGCCUUGGAUCCGCGCAACACAACAGCGAUUUGUACCAGCAUAUUUCUUUUUUCACUCGGAGUAAAGUUGUCCAUUUCCAACACGGCUGGAACAUCCUGCUCUUCAAAGCAACAAAGUCUUUCUAUGCGAAACUUGUUGGCGGCUGGCCUAGGCUCUUGUGUUGUCGGACUUUGCGUUUCUCUUGGGAUGGUGUUUUCGUUAAAGCCACUCGAUUACACUCGGUUUUAACAUUACGCAGCCAGGCAAACGUAUUUCCACUCAAUAGAGUUUUUACAUUUAGUCUUGAUGGCCAUCUCACCUUCUUUUGAUUACUUCUCGGCGCAAGCAGAUGAAUCAUCUUGGUUUCCCGACGCACUCACAGCCCAACACCUUGUCACAGAAUACAACGCAUCUCUCAAGCAACAGCAGAACAAUCCGAUAGCUUUUGAUACUUCGCGAUUAAGCCCAUCGCAGCAAUCAUCGACGGCUUCGGAAAGCAUGUCGCCCAACGACUCAUCAGGGAGUGGUCUCGAAGGUUCCCAUACACCUACCGCCUGGAAAGAGCGGCGCGAUUCGAAUUUGGUUCUGAAACGCUCGCAUUCGACGCCUGCAGUAAAAACUAUGGCUCUUAAUUCUAAUGCCUUGGACCAAGGCGCACAAGGCGAGAAGAAGAGAAACAAGCUCGGCUACCAUCGCACCUCCAUUGCUUGCAGCCACUGCAGACGAAGAAAAAUUCGAUGUAUAGUUUCAGCAGACAUGCAAAACAAGUGCAUUAACUGUGUCCGCCUGAAGAAAGACUGUAGUUUCCAUCCCGUGGAUCAACAGCACUCGACCGAGUCUCGAAGCAAAUCAACCAUCGCCAUUCCCGCCGGGGCCGUGUUGCCCUCACAAACCCUGGGCUCAGCAGCAUCUUCAAAAACACCAGAUAGCACAGUGGAGCUAAACUUUCCGGACCUGACGGCCGCAAGGGGUCUCAACGGGCCGGUACCGAUUCUACCCUCAUCAACGGCGUCCAUCUACAGCGACUCACCAUCUGUUGAAACAAAUGAAACGCAAAAUAUCGACCCGUCAGAUCCCAAUGCCUUGAACUGGCUCGCGGCGCCUCAAGUUGCUGGCAGGCUGGGAGGCAACGAGCUUGGUAUGACUUGGCAAUCGAUGUCAUCCAUUUCUCAAGAUUCUUCCACCACUGAGGGUUUUAAUACGUACACAUUUGGACCUAAUACCGUCGGUCCCUUUUCUGCAGGAAAUUCCGAGUCGAGCUCUCAGCCAGACUGGGCAUGGGCGACAGGCCCCAACAGCCGCUCUAUGUCCUACAGCGGCGAACUUCUUGGCCAUCACCAGCAAGGCAGCCAUAUGUUGUCGCCUGCUACUACACAGGCUUUCGAUUCUAACCACUUUAUGGCGGUGUUCCCGAACCAAAUGAAUCAACCGAAUUUUAUGGUUCCUCAGAACUCAUUCCCUAUGGAUGCGGUACCAACGACCACGGCCGGCGCAUGGGAUGCACAAAUGGCUAAGCAGCCGACGGUUGAUUUCAAUAACUGGCAAUUUCCAAGUUCAGGAACUGGACCCAAUUGAUAUACUGUGCAUAUCCGAACUGCUAUGCGUUAGUCUCGAAGACAUUUCUUGUUGAAUCCUGGAGAAGUUGCUCGUGAUAGAGCCAACUCUCCGCUUUCAACACCCAUCAACGAGGCAGUUGGCGAUGGCCGACGACGUCUCGUUCAUCCACGUUUUCUCUCGGGAGUUUCUUUUCUAUUAUGUCUUAAAUAAAUCGGUGUUGGCAGGUCUGGCAUGAAAGGAAAGGUGCGCAUUAUAUCUAUUUGAUUCGUUUUGGAUUUUAAAGACUGGGGAGACAAUGUUUUGAGACGGCUCUCCCAAAUGAGUGUAUGACUAGAACAGCAAUCUAUAGGAUUUUGAUUUUUUUCGGUAUUAGACGAAGGCCCUUAAAUUUGGAUGACCACUAUUAUGGAGACAAGACUUUUAUAGAGUUUUACAUUUUGUCUAUUCGCCUCACCUGCUCUCUACUUCCUCCUGCACCUCUGCGAAUAUUGUCACGUAAUUAGUCGCCAUGUCAAGACUAGUAAUGCCACAUACGCAAAUAAGGUGAGGACACUGAGCAUUGUAACGCUAUCCCCCGAGGUGCGAAACUUUCGUCUCAAGACACCGUCGGUACCCUCAUCCAAGAAGAACUGCCGCUGGCCCUCGAAGCGGCGAUACGCUGCGAUGAAUAGGAUCGCCGUACCAUAAAGCGAAAAUAACGCUCCUAUCGGAUAAAAUUCUUCCGUAAAGAUACGCAAGAUGACGAGGGCGAAAGAGAAUUGUCCAAGCGCUGUACGCAUGUACGCGCCUUCAAAG